UGUGCAGAGGAGUUACGUACAACAUGAUGAUUCUGGGCUAUUGGGAUAUCCGAGGGUUGGCUCACUCCAUUCGGCUGCUGCUGGAAUACACAGGGACUCCAUAUGAAGAGAAGCUUUAUGUCACGGGUGAUGCACCAAACUAUGAUAGGAGUCAAUGGCUGGAUGUGAAGGAAAAGCUUGGUUUGGAUUUCCCAAAUCUGCCAUACCUUCUAGAUGGAGAUGUUAAGCUGACGCAGAGUAACACAAUUCUGCGCUACAUUGCAUGCAAGCAUGGAUUAUGUGGAGAGUCAGAAAGUGAAAUUAACAACGUAUCAUUGAUUGAAAACCAAUCUAUGGAUUUCCGAAUGGGACUUGUAUCUAUUGCCUACAACCCACAAUUUGAAACCCUUAAAGGUCCAUACCUUGAAAAACUUCCAGUUGCCCUAGGAAGAUUCUCUCGUUUUCUGGGAGACAGACAUUGGUUUGCCGGGGACAAGAUCACAUUUGCGGACUUUCUGAUGUAUGAUGUCCUAGAUCAACACAGGAUUCUGGACCCCAAUUGCCUGCAAAACUUUCAGAAUUUGCAGGACUUCCUAACUCGGUUUGAGACUCUGCCAGCUAUUGUUGCAUACAUGAAAUCACCACGCUUCAUGAAGACCCCAAUUAAUAACCGAAUGGCAUCAUGGGCCAACAAAAAAUAAUGUGAUUCAGCUAACACGCUAGUUGAUCGUUCUGGAGAAUUGAUCUUGCCCCAAUUUUAUAGUU